AUGGCCGCAGCGGGCGCAGGGGCCGGCGUAGAGGCGGCGGCGGCGGCAGCAGCAGCAGAGCCGGUGGUGCUGAACUCCGCAGACCGCAGCCUGGAUUGCAUCGUGGCGCCCGGCGGCCUCUUCGCAUCCACUCUGUCGGAUGAGGGCUUCGGCUAUCUCUGGAGUG